AUGCCACUUUCUCCCAAGAUCAAGUUGUGUGUGGGCACAGCGGCUUUGGGUCAACACCCUUCUCACACCCUGGAGCGCAAAUUCGGGGCAGCUGCUUCCAACCAUUUUCAAGGUGUGGAAGUCGUCUACAAAGAUCUGGUCUUCUUUGCGGAAUCACACCAUGUUUCGCUGAUCCAAGCCGCAUUUCUCAUCAAAGGAAUUGCCCACAAGAAUGGGAUUGAAAUCCUGUCUCUCAAUCCUCUGAAAAUGUUCGAGGGUAAUUUGAACACGACUCUAGCCCAACGUCUGGACGUGGGCAGAGAGUGGGUGGCGAUUGCGCGGGCGUUAGGGACCAAACUGAUACGGGUGCCCUCCCAGAUGGACCCGAACUCGACUGGAGACGACAGGGUUCUCGUUCAUGAACUACGCCAGCUUGCUGAGAUCGGCUGUAUUGGCGGUGAGGUGGUAUCUUUUGCAUACGAAGCUGUUGCCAUGGGUGUACAUAACUCGCUCUGGCAAGACAGUCUCCGCAUCGUACAGGCCGUCGACCGCGCCAACUUUGGGAUCUGUUUGGAUAAUUUCCACAUCCAUGCUCGUCUGUGGGGAGAUCCUACGAUAGAAGGUGGAAAACUGCCAGGCGGAGAUGAGGCCGUGCGGAAAUCGUUGGACUUAUUCAAGAAGACAUGCCCCAAAGAAAAGCUCUUCUACGUCCAAUUCUCGGGAGCCAAGCUAUUUCAACCACCCAUGAAGCAUGACGAUCCGCUGUUCGAAGGGUUAGAGAUUCACAAUCCGAUUCUGGCGUGGUCUCGGGGAGCACGCCCAUACCCUCUUGAACCUGACGAUUACUUACCUGUGGCCGAAGUUGCAAAGGCGUGGUUAGUGGACUAUGGCUGGGACGGCUGGGUUUCGCUGGAGGGCUUUCUGGCAGAGACCAGCCUGGAAGAGUUUGGGCCCGAGAGAAUGGCCGCCCGGGCCUGGCAAUCCUGGCAAAAUGUGAGGAGGGCGAUUCAGGAAUGA